AUGACUCUUUUAGAGGUGCCUACCUCGGCUGCACUUGUGGUACCCACCUCUACCGGACCUACGGUACCACCAGCGGUACCACCGGCUUACCCGACGCCACCGCCACUUGGACCUGCCGUGUAUCCGACACCAGUGGCACCUGUACCACCAGUGCCUUCAGUGUACCCAGCACCUGCACCUGCGGUAUUGGUUACUCCCCUUCCGAUACCAUCAUCAACCAUACCUUCAGCUGCGGCCACCUAUGCUUAUCCUACAGUGCCACCAGCGGCAUCUGCCCCAGUAUAUGCAGCAUCACCGGGGAUACCUCCCCCGGCCUAUCCAGCGGUACUACCUGUAGCACCAGCUCCUGUGGUUCCACCAGUUCCUGCAGCCGUCCCGACACACCUCAUUGACAUUGUCGCAGACGAGUCAGAAUUCCAGCAUUGGCAGAGUCGAUGA